AUGGGUAAUCCAAAAGCUCAAGAGGAUAUUUGGGCAUUCGGUCCAAUUGGUUCACCGUUUCCUGAUGCCCCAGUUCAUGCCCUCGAUCAACCUAACCAAUAUGUUGCUUUAUGGUACAAGCAUGGAAAACCUGUUCAUGGACGAGCGUGGAACAAUGGCGGUGUCUUGGAAUGCUCAUUUCCUUAUAAAAAUGCUGAAUUGACAGGAGCUAAAGAUCUGGGUGGUCAAAUUCAGGUUUUACAAUACAAGGGUGACCAUAAUACACUUGGUUUCUGGUACGAAUGGAUUAAAUAUAAGGAUCGUUUUGAGAAAAGUGAUGAAAGGCAAAUGCUAAAAUGUGGUGAUUCCUUGCCCAUUUUCUGGAAAUCACGUAAAGAAGGUCCUUUGAUGGGUUAUUUGGAUGCUACCGAGCUGGCUCAUUUUUCUCAUGAUGGUAAAACAGAGACACUACAGGGAGUCCAACUGGAUGAUAUGUUUAUUAUAGUUCGUAAUGUCAAAGGUGGUCCACCUGGUUGUGAGUGUGAAAAAUGCUAUGUACCACCGCCGCCACCACCACCACCACCGAAAAUAGAAGCUCCACCACCACCACCUGUUCCACCACCACCAAGAAUUAUGCGUGAUGAAUGGAUGGAUCUACGUAUGGGCGAUCCUUGGCCAAGCCGCAAAUUGGUGCAAGCACUUGGAAAAACACUAGAUACUGUGCCAGGAGAAAAUCCUGAUCAGUAUGUCGCAUUAUGGUACCAACAAGGUGAACCUAUUAUGGGUAGAAUUUGGAAAGACGCUAAUGGAAAGGUUGCCGCUGCUUUCGGAUGGAACGGACACGAGUAUCGUGAUAAAGUUGGAUCACUUCAAGUUCUGGUAGAACUUGCAGAACACGUACGCGGUUAUGACUACGAUUGGAUACCAUUUUCGGUGUGCGGUACAUUUGAAGAGAAGGAGUGGAUACCAGUUUAUGUUGAUUACAAAGGAAUUAUUUCACCAUGCGUUAUAACCUGGGAAGGAAAACAAAUUCUUGGAAAGGUUGAUAUUCGCAAUGAAAAAGCAAGUGCAGCAUUCGGAGAUAAGGAAAAUUCUUUGGUUGGUCCGAAGGUACAACCACAACUGGUAUUGUGUCGCAAAGCAAGACCGGGAUAUAAAUUUGAUUAA